CGGACUUUUUGUCUCAUACAUAAAUGAGUUAAUGGAGUUGGUAGUUGAAAUUUAUGCCUCCACUUGGACUCACUGAUACGACUCGAUCAAACUUCCCGGCGUCCGCCCGCCUCCUUCCUCCGCCGUCAAACCAUCACAAAACUUACCGGUUUUCUUUCCUCCUUUCUCCAACUCCACUAUUGCGGCUCAUUUCUUCUGCCUGUUGAGGAAGUGAAAUGGGAGGACAGUCUUCCAAGAGCUCCAGGAAGUAUCGGAAUCCGUACGCCAACGCCAAUACCAAUUCCAACUCCAAUAGUUAUUUGAAUCAGUCCAAGGUUUACAGUGAAAGGCAAGCGCAGCAGACGCCGGCGCCGACUCAAUCAACGGUUGAGAAAAAGCCACAAUCGCACCAGCAGGAAGAAUUGGAGGAUUUAUCUUCAGCUGGACUCAGAGGAGGCGGCGGGUAUGGCAGUAGUGAUGACGAAUUUUACGACGGAAUUCCGAGGUUUCGUCGGAGUUCCUCUCAGAAAUCCCGUUCUAGGAGGGCUAAGGUUUCGGAGAAGGCUGCUGAUAUAUUUGACUCACUCGGAAAUAGCAUGGCUAACUUAAAUCCUGGAAGUGGAUUUGUAUCUAGAGGAGCAGCCAAGAGCAACGAGCUUUCGAUUUUAGCAUUUGAGGUUGCCAACACGAUAGUUAAAGGAGCAAAUAUCUUGCAGUCGCUUUCGAGAAAGAGCAUUAGACUACUGAAGGAAGGAGUGCUUCCAUCAGAAGGUGUUCAAAAAUUAGUAUCUACUGACACGGACGAACUUUUGACGAUUGUCGCAGCUGAUAAGAGGGAAGAGCUGAGAAUUUUUGCAGCAGAAGUGGUUCGUUUUGGAAAUCGUUGUAAAGAUCCACAGUGGCACAACUUGGACAUCUUCUUUAAAAAACAUAGCAGAGAACCUCAGAAGCUAACAUGGGAGGAAGCUGAAUUCACAAUGCAUGAGUUAAUGAUCUUGGUCCAGAAUACUGCUGAGCUAUACCAAGAGUUGCAUGCCUUGGACAGAUUAAAGCAAGAAUACCAGCAUAAGCGCUUGGAGGCUUGCAUUUCAAGUUCCCUUUCUAAAGGUAAUACCCCCGCCAGUCUGGCCACCGAACUGAAAACCCAAACGAAGCUUGUGAAAAGUUUAAAGAAAAAAUCCCUCUGGUCGAGAAGUUUGGAAGAGGUUAUGGGGAAACUUGUGGAUACUGUUCUUUUUCUGAAUCAAGAGAUAAAUAAUGUCUUCAAGAAUUCAGUGGAUAAUUCUACACCUGUAGUUCAACUUGUGGGAAGCGAGCGAAAAUUGGGACCAUCUGGCCUUGCUUUACACUAUGCUAAUAUCAUUCUCUUGAUUGAUUCAAUUGUUGCCAGGUCAAGUUCUCUGCCACAACAUGCUAGAGAAACUUUGUAUCAAAACUUACCACCAAGUUUAAAAUCCCCGUUGCGGUCCAAGUUGCGCUCUUUCCAUGUCAAGGAGCAGCUUAACACCACCGAAAUUAAGGCGGAGAUGGAGAAAACUUUACAAUGGCUUGUUCCAAUUGCCACGAAUACUGCCAAAGCACACCAUGGUUUUGGCUGGGUUGGAGAGUGGGCAAAUACAGGGUCUGGUUCAAAUCGCCAAUCAGAUACAUCAAGUGAUGUUAUCCAAAUCGAAACACUCCAUCAUGCAGACAGGCAAAAGACAGAAGCCUACAUCCUUGAACUACUGUUGUGGCUCAAUCAUUUGGUCAGCCAAUCCAAGGUAGGUGAUGCCAAUGAUGGCAAAAGAGAAUCAAUCAAGAAGGUCCCUUCUCCCAAUAAGGAAACCAAUGAAGGCUCCAUCUCUCAGAAUGAUGACAGUUCAUCAGUUAAUUUAAGUGCGGAUGGUCAGAAUAUGAAGCAAGAUAUAAGCAACGAGAGACCAAUAGAAGGAACGAGCAACAGCAAGGACUCUGACAAUGCAGAACGGAAAACAAGUCAUUGAAGUAAAAGAGAAGAUUCAUAUUGGGAAUCGAACUUGGAAUCUGACUACCUUAUCGCUAAGAUGAAACCAAAAAGAGAUUUUGCGCAAGUUGGAUUGAGAAUGAGAGCAUACCAACGGGCUUCUGUAAGAGUUCUAUUGUUUUAUGAUUGUAUUGUUAGUUUUCUUGUACUAUCACUUUGUAAAAAAAUAGCAUAUGUGUAUUCUGUAUGUCUGUACAGUUAUAUAUUCUUUGGAUCCAAGUAACUUAAAUGUGAGUAAUAGAAAACAGAAAGCAUUUGCUUCCGAGUUCAAUAAUAUGUUACCAU